GUCCACUUGUCCAGUAAGUUAUUGUUUUGUUUACAUGAAUGCUAAUUAGUCAUAAGAAUUUAACAAUCACGAUCACUUCUCACGUUGACUGGACCGACGUAGCAAGGCGUCGCUGAAUCAGGGACAAAUGUCUGAAAUCGGAUACCAGACCGUCAACAAUUAUUAAAACAGAAUGUCAGUGGUUUUAGAUGACAAGACAGAGUUUAUGACAAACCCUUAUUACGAUCAACACGAACCGAGCAACUAUCAAACUUUCUACGUCACUCUCGCUGUGUGUACGUUGUUUGCCUUUGCACUGCUUGUUGUAAACUUGUUUCUGUGUUGCUUUUCCAAGCACAGACAUUACUGGAGAAACAGUGAAACAGGUAAUCGUUACAUACUGCCGAUUUGGAUCAAGACACCCGCAAAACAAGCUCCACUUGAUCUGAAAGAGUUGGAAACAAACUUUUCUAAACCAAAACCAGUUUACGACUCAGGGGUUCCUCAAGAAUUCGUCGAGCUCCACAAGAAAGAAAGUGACAUUUGAACAAAACAAUGAUUCACAUAUUUUCACCGUUGUUACUGUUGCUGGCCAUGUUUGUACUGUUUGUAAUCAUUGCCAUUGUAAGGUAUGGAGAGCGAUUCUGUUCAGUACAUAGGGACCCCAUCAACUACAAUAAUUACAAUGACGAAUAUGUAGAACAAGUAUCUUACGCUUAAUUCAAUUUUAAUUCUUAAACCCCUAUAGCCUUAAAUAAUUAUGGGUUAGUUUUACUUAAUUUUGACAGUUUAUAAAAUAAUUUUCCCUAUGCACAACAUUUUUUAUGUUGUGCAAUCACUUUAGAACAAAAUACAGUUAACUUUGAUGAUUUUAAGUAAAUAAUUUGAGGUUAAUUAUAAUAAUUAAAUUUUAUUUAUUUUAUACUGUGCUAGUGAUUUUUUAUUACUUUAAUUACUAAACAAAUGUUAUUCAGACCAAUAAUUGAUAAAAUAUAGUAUUAUUUUAUAUAUCUUAAUAUGCACUCAAAAAUUCUAUACAUUUAAACAAAUUAAUUGUAUUAAUAUUAUUUAAAUAGGUAUAGUAUGAUGGAAAAAUAUUUAUGCCGAAUUAAAAGUGUUCACUAUUUUUUUAAGUUAACAAACAGGAAUAAGUCUUAUAUUUUGAAUUGUUUCCAACAAUAUUGCCUUUAAUUGAACCUUUAUUUUUUUUAAAUUAUUACUCAUUGGUUAUUAUGUAGUAUGCAUAAUUUCUGGAUACUUAAGUUCAUAGCUAGAUUUAAAUACUUUUUGAAAUGUUAAAAAUAGAAAAUUUAUUCUCCCAUCAUUUUAAAAUAAGUUUUUUUUUUAAAUGUUUAAAGUUUAAGUUUAAUUUUUUAAUUUUAUAUACUCUAUUCAUCUAAGAACUAUAUUCGUCAGCAAUCUUUUUUUGUGUAGCGGCAAUACCCGUUUGGUACUCUACCGAGUCAACCAUCUGUACUGCCGUGUAAUAAUGUUACAUACAUGGUGGCAGCUUUGUAUGGUUCUUAACUUGAAUAGAGUAUAGUUUAUUACUAACAAUUCCGUCCAUAUUGUGAUCCAAUAUAAUUAUAGGUUAUUGUAUGACUUUUGGAUGACUGUAAAGUAACGCUUACACAAUGGUAUUAUAAUUCUAAGACUUUACAUACAUAUUAUAUGUUUAAUAUUUUUUUUAACAAUAUUUUUAUUUGAUAAAAUAAGAUAAGUUGAAUAUAAAAACAUAAUAUUCAUAACUGUAGACUUAUGUCUAGUUUUAUAUAUAUCAAUAUUGUCCCCAAGGAGUUUUUGAAUCUCAACAGUCACCCAAUAAGUUAAAACAUUUGUAAUCAUUGUAUUCAAUUGCAGUUUUAUUUUUUACAAAUCAUAUUUUAUAAUAAACUUUUUUUAAACAAAA